CGCACUUUAAACUAGUUUAUUAGCGGUUUCUCAUUUAGUCGUAUUUGGACGGCCGGCCAAGUCACACAGUAAGUGUGCUUCAAGAGGUUCUAGAAAUGACCGACGAACGGACACCACUUACCUCGGUUCCGCCUUCGGCGUUGGAUACGGAGUCUGCAUCUUACGUUCAUCAGCUCAAGGGCCAUGAAACCCUACGCGAACGCCAGGUGAAAACCUUCCAGUGCUGGAUUUGUACCGCCAUCUUGGGUGCUUUCGUCAUCGGUAUCAUAAUCAGCCUCAGCUAUAUAAUAAUGGGAGAUGCAAGGCGAGACGCGUCCAACAGCACAAACGUAACAGAAACUGCUAACUUUCCGGAUUUGCUUAAUCUGAUUAGUUUCCCAUUACCCGACGAACCCAUACCACUUUGGGACGCUCCGAACAUUACCGAGCAAGAUGCAGCCGACGCCAUAGCCGAGGGUGAGAAAGCCCUUGGCGAUAAAGAGCUACUGGAGGAAGCGUUGACGUCACCUCCGGUACAGUCGGCAACCUUCCGCCACCAGAAAGCAGUGAGCACGACGCUUGCUGCUCGUCUAGCCUCUAAAGUGGGAUACGUGGAGAACAAAGCCACACAUGCAAUUGCCAGGAAGCAUAACGUUAACAAACGUCACCGUAGGUGGAGUAUCGGUAAAGGCCCCGUCAUUAAAAUACCGCACCAGAACGAUACUCAACAGUGCGACUUCAAUGCUAAAUAUCGAACCAAUAAUGGCACAUGCAAUAACAAAAAGCACCCGCAUACAUACGGUGUUGCGUUAAUUCCAUUUCGGCGUCAGCUGACCCCGGACUAUGGCGAUGGAGUGUCCAGUCCACGAGAGACCGUUGAUGGAAAAGAGCUCCCCAGCGCUCGGCAAGUUUCUCUUGAUAUCCAUCGACCAUCCUACCACACUGAUCCUAACUUCUCCGUAAUGCUCGCGGUUUGGGGUCAGUUCCUGGAUCACGACAUUACGUCUACGGCACUGAACCAAGGCGUUGGCGGUAAAGCCAUCGAAUGCUGCGAUCCCGGCCAGCCGAGACAUCCGGAAUGCUACCCAGUUCCCUUGGGUCCGGGUGAUCCGUACUUUCACGAGUACAACUUAACCUGCAUGAAUUUUGUAAGAUCGAUCCCCGCUCCUACUGGACAUUUUGGACCACGCCAACAGUUGAAUCAAGCUACUGCGUUCAUCGAUGGGUCCGUGGUGUAUGGGUCGGACGACGCCAAGGUCAGGCGGUUACGUGAAGGCAAAGGCGGUAAACUUCGAAUGUUCAUCACGCCGGACAACCGAGAACUACUGCCAAUGUCGACCGAUCCAAAUGAUGGUUGUAACGAGGAGGCAAUGAAUGCCGUCGGCAAGUACUGCUUCGAAUCGGGCGACGAGCGGGCCAACGAGAAUCUCCACCUAACAUCGAUGCACCUGAUCUGGGCCCGGCAUCACAACAAUCUGACCGGUGAACUGCAAAAGGUCAACCCAGACUGGGAUGACGAGAGGUUGUUUCAGGAGGGGAGAAGAAUUUUAGCAGCCCAGAUGCAACACAUUACGUACGGUGAGUUCGUUCCGGUUAUUAUUGGUGAGGACACUGCCGAGCGAAUGGGAAUCGCACCGAGUCCGGAGAGAGACCGAGAUACGUAUAAUGUUUCGGUGGAUCCGUCGAUUGCGAACGUGUUUGCGGCAUCUGCAUUCCGCUUUGCGCAUACUCUUUUACCUAGCCUUAUGAAGCAUACCUACGAUCCGACAUCGUCCCCCUCAGGAAUCGAACUCCACAAGAUGCUAUUCAAUCCGUACUCUCUCUACGGAAAAACGGGCUUAGACGACGCCAUAGGUGGAGCGAUGAGUACUCCACUGGGCAAGUACGAUCAAUAUUUUACCCCCGAGUUGACGGAGCAUCUGUUUGAAAAGGCUCAGGAUUUGCUUCACGAUCGCCCAUGCGGGUUGGACCUUGUCUCGCUAAAUAUUCAGCGUGGACGGGAUCAUGGUCUGCCGUCGUAUCCUCACUGGAGACGACACUGUCGACUACCCCCGGUCGAUACCUGGGAACGACUGAAGAUGGCCGUCGAUCCCGCAUCAUACGAACAGAUGCGAAAUAUGUACCGCGAUCCGGAAAACGUAGACGUUUACUCGGGAGCGCUCAGUGAGCGGCCUAUCGAAGGUGGUGUUGUGGGUCCACUGAUCGCCUGUUUGCUGGCAGAUCAAUUCGUGCGGUUGAAGCAGGGUGACUCAUUCUGGUACGAACGUCGAAGAGGGCCACAGCGGUUCACCAAAGAUCAAUUGCAACAAAUCUACAACACUCGAUUGUCGAGCAUAAUCUGCCGCAAUUCGGACGCGAUUAGUCGCUCGCCGGUUUUCCUGAUGCGUAAGAUCAACCGCGAAGAUAAUCCGGAGCUACCGUGUUCGGAUCUGGAUGGGUUCGAUUUUUCGGUGUUUCGGGAUCGCAAAAACAACGAUUCGAGGCGGGUCAAGCUGGCGACAUCACAAGUCGGGGUGCUUGUACAAUCUCCAAGCAACGGAACGACGAUUCGAGGGAACUUUUCCCAAAUAACUACAGAAGUUUUCCCUACAACUACGAGUACAUCGACAGUGGCAACGGCAUCAUCGUCGGCAGCCACAAAUAAUUUGGUUUAAGAAGCUUUAUCAGCAAUAGAUCUCACUUGUUUAAAGAUUGAAUUAACUAUUUCUACAUACUCUCGUCUCUUACUAAAUGUUUCAUAAACUUCAAAACAUUUUCCCGAUAUUAUUAGGAUUUUUGAAAAAUGACCCUGCUUCUAAUGCAAUUAUAUGGAAAUGUUAAUAUCAUCUUCCACUCUUAGACCUACAUGUUCAUGAUAGAAUUAGAGGCGAAAGUACAGAUUUGAUAGUUACGUUAGGAUACGGCAGGCAUGAAAAAUGUUCUAUAGAAGUGGAUUAGAAAGCGAACGAAGGGCAAUAUUUGUGAUGAUAUAAAUCUCACGACUUUCCUCCUGCCAUACUCUCGUAUGAAGACGGACAGAAGACUAUCAGUGUGGAAGCUAUCUCCACUGGCUUUCGUAUCCUAACGGAACUAUCAAAUCUGUAUUUUGCCUGAAAUUUUAUCAUGAACAUGUACGUCUAAGUUUGGAAGAUGAUAUUAGCAUUUCCAUAUCAUUGUAAAAAGCGUUUAACUUCACGCAUAAGUAAUACAACACUCUUCUCAUUAAUUAUACUGGUUCUAAUGGUUGAAAAAGGUUUGAUUUCUAUAUGCUAAAGCGUUCAAAUCUUCUAAGUGUUUACCUUGUGUAUAUAAGGCCCUUAUCUUGGCAGCAGGUGAGACACUGUAGAACGCAUCAGUCCAAGUUAAUGAAUCAUUAGGUAAAUAAAAUGGGUAAGUCUAGUUAUCGCCAA